CGCGAAAUUGGGGUUUCCAGAGCAACUGCAGACGAGGAGACGAAGUUUCUCUUCCAGUGGGGUUUGUCUGCAAGAUGGCGAAAACCAUGCUGGCCUCAGGAGGGGAAAGAAAGGAGUUAAUGAUCAGUCUUUGCAGGGUGUCCUUUGGCAUGGAUUCACUUGGAUGGAAAAUGGGGAGAAGGAGCAGAUUGGAGAUCAACCAAAAUGCCAGCUCGUCGUAUUGCUGGAUUUUGCUCGAACACCCGGGAGGAUGGAUUCACACUCCACACUUUUCCAAAACACCUGGUUCGUCGUGAAAAAUGGAUUGCACAGGUGCAAAGGGCGAGAGCUUUGUGGGUUCUAAAUGACAGCAUGUGGCACAGCGUCUUCUCGAUGGCGACUGUCCCAGUGUGACAUCUGCAAAUGACGUUGCAGCUCUUCCUUCCCGGGUGAUGCUGUGUCUGACUGACGAGGAUGCAGUUCUGCAGGAAGGUCCUCUGCAAGCCUUGUAGUGCCAGAGUCACUUCACCAGAAGAGAAUAUGGAAUACAAGAUGGGUGGCUGCAUCGGAAUUUCACCAAGACAGACUAAAGCACAAAAAGAUGCCGGUGUGCUGUUGACUGAGGUGUCCACCAGCCAACAGAGUUUGCUCUCCCAGCCAGUCUUCCUAGAUGUCCCAGUCAUCACUGGUGUGGAGGAGAGCGGAGGUGCUGCAGGGGCCGCUGAGGACAAGGAGGAGCUGGAAUUUCCCCAUGACUUGCUGCCCAGUCUAGAUUUCAGCAGUGAACUCAACAUCUGGGAGGCCUCUCUUGGAUUUAAGACUAGCUCAGGAGAAAGGUCAUAUGAGCAGGCCAACUCCCUGCUAGCUGGCUUGCAGCAUCAAAUGGAAGUCAGUCAUCCUCUGGUAGUCCUAGAUAGCAGACCCCUCCCAUCAUUGCAGUCUUCUCAAAAAGAGUUUCUUACUCCAAAAGAGGAGGUAGCUGAUUCUCUGGGGCGAGAGCAGAUCCCUCAGGAGCAGCUAGACAUCACAACGCUACAUCCUGAAGUAAAUCUUGCACAACAGCUAGAAAAGCUUAACGAGCAUGUGCAGGAGACAAACGAAAUUGCUAAACAAGAAGAGGGUCAUAUUGAAGAGCAUCCGAUCAGUAGUAUAGAAAUAUUAGCACAUCAAACUGACCUUGCACAAUCAACAAAAAACAGAGACAACCUUGUGGAACUCUAUAACGACAAAGCGGAGAAGGAAUCUUCACAAGAAAGUGAGAAGACAACAAAACACCUAGGACUAGAGAAGAAAACAAAGAGUGUACACCCAGAGGAUAAACCUGAAAAACCAAAAGAGGAAAGCACAGAAACGGUGAAUGAUCCUGCUGCGGUGCUACAGGAAAUUGGACCCCUUCUCGCUGAACACACAGAGAGGAGUGCUGCCUUUCCCAUAGCUUCACCCAAACACCUCCCUGCUGCUCCCCUUCCUGAGCCCCCCUCUCCUCCACCUGCAUCCCCUUCUCCAGAGAAGACUCCAUCUGCGUCUCCUCACCGCGCUCCUCUUCCUGCAGCUCCUUCUCCCCUCUCUGCCUCUACCAAUCACCAAAGUGGUGACCCCUGCCCCACCUCUGCACCUUGCAACCUCCUUCUAAGGAGCUCUGACUCCGAUGGAGCGUUCGAGACUCCUGAAUCGACAACUCCUGUGAAGGCUCCUGCAGAUCCGCAGAGCCAAUUACCAACUAUUUAUGACAAAGAAGAGACCUCAGUGAGAGAUCCCUUGGCUGACUUGAUUUCAGAUCCAGUUGCCAUUGUGUUUGAUGAGGACAGGCCAAUUGCAGCCAGUGGCACAUACAACAUUGAAAACUUUACCUCAGAGUCAACAAGUCAACCACUUACUCGUUCCCUCAGCCUCCAGGGAGGAGAACUUGACACUUGUAGCUUUGAUGGAUCUGUAACACAAGGCUUCCGCCCGCAUUCAGAAUCCUUCAGUGUAGGGACCGAGAGCAACCCAGGGACUCUCCGGAGGCCCAGAAAAGUCCGUGCUGGAUCUGUGAAGAAGCCUCUUCUGAGGCAGAACUCCAACCCGGAGAGGCCAAUUUCUGCUUGUAGCACCCCAGAGAUCAUUAAGAGGGCAACCCCUCAAACUGUGACUCAGGAGGUGGAAGAAGGUGGAAGUCCUGCAGAAGGUGGGAGUCCUGCAGGAACCCUCAGAAAGAUUAGAAAGACUCAUGUUAUCACUCCACCUGUACUACCAGAAGAAAACACUCAUACUGAAUCAGAGAAGUGUCUUUCUGUUCCUGUCGUACCCUUGUGCCAAGAGGAGAACCAUCUCCCCUCUACUCCACCUGUAAAAGAAGAGCCUAGCCCUCCCAGUGGCUCCUAUAAAUGGGAUCCAGAGAACUUUGAGAACAUAGACCCUUUCAAGACUGGAGGGAGUAAAAUUGCCAACUCACCGGUUCUUGGUCGUAAAGAUCUUGCAUGUGCUGCAGUUGUCGACCCCCCAGAUAGUCCUCUCAUCCCUGCUGUGAGACAACCUCCCCAUCCAGCUUCCACUGUAGGACCAGUUACCAACCCUGAAGAGCAACCCAUUCUACCCAAACGUGAGUCUGUGAGGCUGGAGUUUGAUUACUCUGAGGAGAAUAGUGAGGCAUCUCACGCAGCUUCUCCCCUGACUAAGAAACAGGGCAAAAAACCCGGUGCGAAGAUGCCAUUGAGGAAGCCAAAGUUGGGCUUAAAGAAGGCCCACCCAGGACAGGCUGAGCAGUUGGACAACAACCUUUCUGUAGAAUACAAUGGUAACAAAGAGGAAAAAGGAAUUUCCGAAGGAUCUUACGAGUUGAACAAGUGGGAUGAUCCAAAUUUCAAUCCGUUUUUGACCAAGACAUCCAUGGCUAACUCUCCUUCAGCAUCCGGGCCUUCUUACAGUUUUGAUUUUGAUGACUCUGGAGUCGACCCUUUUAAAUCCUCCAACAAAAUUUCAACUACGCCCCCUAAGGCCUCGGCCUCAUUUGAGUUGUCGUCCAAUGACGACAUUGAAAACGACAACGACAAUAUUGGGGACCUGGAAGAUCAAAAUCAGAACAAACCGCUCAAAAAAAAGAAAACUCCUAUGAAAUCUAACACUUUUAGGGUGAAGAGGUCACCAAAGAAAUCACAGUUGUCCGACAACUCACAGGAUGCAGACGACCCCGCCUCCCUACCUCCACAGGAAGACCAUGCCACAGAUGAGGAGAAGCUGGCUUCCACCACCAGUCACAUGUGGGCAGGCUUGCAUGACGUCGGUCCAGAAUUGAACUCUGACCAGCAGGACUUCCCUCACCCGUCAGAUCUGACAUCAUUCGUUAAUGAGAGCAAUCUUCAGUCUUCAGCGCAAGACUAUGAAAUAGAAUACAUGGAAAAGAUUGGCUCUUCUUCACCUCCACUGUCUGUGAAGAAGCCGUCAUUAUACCUAAAUUUGGACUCAUUAUCAAACACUGUAACCAAGGAUAUACAUGCGAAUGGAUCUGAACCCAACUCCCCAUGCACAGGAAGCUUUGAGGAAAUGGAGGCGCAGAUAACAGCCAGCAUGAAGACCCCAGUCCCAAGUUCCAGGCCUGGUCCUGAAAGCUCUGCGGGGGAAAAGGGCAGGAAAAGAGAGAGUGAAGUGCUUAGUCGAACACAAAGUACAGAAAGGGAUGAGCAGCUCAGUAGCCAAGAGGUCCCUUCUUCAGCCCUGACCAUUUCCCUGUUAGAAAGACUGUCUGAGUCUGACAACCCUGUGCAGUACCUGGAGCCUGACCUCGCUGAGACCAACCCUAAUGCAUUCGCCCAAAAACUACAGCACAGAGAUGUUUCUUCACAGUCAGAGAAUUCGUUAUCCAAGAACUCGCUGUACGUCCGGACCGCUACCAGCUACAUCGAUGGGGAGAGUCCACAUCUUCCCAAAGAUCUGGACCACUCGCUGGGAAUUGCAAAAAAAGAGAUUGUGGUAAAAGAGAGGGAGGUGCUGGAGUGGAAGAGGAAAUACGAAGACAGCCGACAGGAGGUGCAGGAGAUGAGGAGGAUUGUUUCUGAGUAUGAGAAGACUAUUGCGCAGAUGAUAGAAGAUGACCAAAAAGAAAAGUCUCUCUCCCACCACACCAUUCAACAGCUGAUUGUGGAAAAGGACCAGGCCUUGGCUGACCUCAACUCCGUGGAAAAGUCGCUGGCCGACCUCUUCCGGCGCUAUGAGAAAAUGAAAGAUGUAUUAGAGGGUUUCCGCAAGAAUGAAGACGUUUUGAAGAAGUGCGCUCAAGAGUACCUGUCCAGGGUGCGUAAAGAGGAACAGCGGUACCAAGCACUGAAGAUUCACGCAGAGGAGAAGCUAGACAAGGCCAAUUCAGAAAUAGCACAGGUGAGGGCCAAGUCCAAGCAGGAGCAGGCUGCCCACCAAGCCAGCCUGAGGAAGGAGCAGAUGAAAGUGGACUCCCUGGAGCGCACAUUGGAGCAAAAGAACAAAGAGAUUGAGGAGCUAACGAAGAUCUGCGACGAGCUAAUCGCCAAAAUGGGCAAGUGUUAGCAUGUAUAUGCUGUUCUGGGUCAGUCUCACACAAACAAGCCUUGGUCACAUGUAAAAGGAUGAGUUGUGUGGGUGGGGGAACAUACAUCGAAGGACUCAUGAAGCCACACUGAGCUUAACUUUUCUACUGACCUUGUGUAUACAAGACGCGCACAAAUGGCUUCCUCUUAAUCAUGCUGUAUAUUUUUAUGUCACUGUAUUGGAGCAUAUCAAACGUCUAGUUUAAAGUUUUAGAACGUGUUCCAUGUCAUUAAUUUGUAUAUCUGUGUAUGUGUGUGUGUGUGUGAGCAAAUAACGAUGAGGAUUGCUUAUGGGUUUCAUUGUUGUUUAUGAUGUUGCCAUGACAGCCACUGCGGGAGAAGACUGUUUUACCCACUCCUCUGGAUGCCUCCUCCUAAAAAAAUUAAUUUAAAAAAAAAAGGAGUGACAUCCCAUUUUAUAAAAUCAUUCACCUCUAAGAAAAUAAAAAAAAUACUGAGUAUAGCUUAUGCAUGAAAGAGAAGAACCCUUGUUUUGUCCGUUUUGUACGCAAUGUAGAAAAUGUUAAUUAUGGAAGAGACUUUUUUUUCAUGUGUCCACUGUGUAAAACACAUGAUUAUGGAUUUGUUUGAAUUAUUUAUAGGUCCUGUAUUGUGCUUCCCUUAUGUAAUCUUGUAGAUAUUUGUUAUACUUGUCAUAGCCGUCUUGAUGAGAUCAUGGGAAUUUAUUUUUCUCAUUUUAUUUUGAUAUAAACUGAAUUAAUCGUGACUAUCCAGAUGUUCCCCAGUCCUACUUAGGUUAUUGUCACAUUGACGAGUAACAUGUCUGCACAGCUGCUGUACAGCAUCUGCUUACAAAGUGCAAUAAAAGAUGGCAAUCAAUG